CUGUCAGAUGUUGAUGUAUCUAAAACUGAGUCAAAUAUUCCAGGAGUAGUUUUCAGGUGAGAGUUGUAUUAAGGAAGGUCCUCUGAUGUGACCUGUCUUCAUAUGUGGUCUCAAUAGCAUUUCAUGUUUUUGGUAACAAAUUUGCUCUCUUUAAAACUUGUUUAUGCUUACUGAAUUGUGGUUUCUGAUGAUUUCUGUGCAGCUUUUUUUUUUUAAGUUGAAUUCCUGUUACCAUUUUCUAAAACACUAUCUGCUUAUUGAUAUUUGUAAUUUUAUUGAAUUUUAAAAAUACCUCUGAAUUUAACAGGAGUUACAUCUAAUUUUUUAAAACAGUGAGCUUUGUUGUAGAUUACUAGUUUUCUAUGAAGUUAUGUUUGCAUUUAUUAUUAUGAAUAUCAAUAUCUUAUUCAUUAAGCAAAUGUUUUUUGAGGACCUAUUGUAUGCCAAAGAUAAAGUAGUGAAAAGGUGUAGACAAGGUCAGUGUGUACCCAUGGAGCUUGUGUUCUGGAGGUGGAGGCCUUUUAUCAGUUCAUUUAUCAGUUUCACCGGUGUGUAUUACUUUGAAAAAUUAUUUGUAAAGUAAAAGUUUAUGUCAGUAUCUUUAUUCACUUGUUUUUGCCUUGUUAGAAAAGAUUUUAUAUGAGAGACAUACUGAAAGCAGAAAUCAUAUAUUGCUCAUUGCAUUAUUCUUUUAAAAGUGCUUUUGGUUAUUAUGUUCCCUUAUUUUUUCCUUUUAAUAUCUAUUUAGAGAUUUUAUCUUGGUGUACAAUUUGCUGUUUUGAUUAUAAAUGGUAUUUUACAUAUAGCACCUCAAUUAAUCUGCUUAAUAAAUUGUUUUCAUUUUAGAAAUCAGAAAGCUUAUGAGGUAAAGGAACUCUCUCAAGCUAACACAGUCAGUCGCCAAGAUUCCACUGAGAGACAUCUCACUGGGAGGCUCUGCUCUAUUAACUCUUUUUUGUUCAAUACUGACUCUUAAGACUGAUGCAGAGGAUUCCCAUUUUUCAAAAAAUACUCUGGUCUUCCAUUUAAACAACUUGCUUCUUAAAUCUAUAUUCUAUUAAAAUCCAUUAAGUUCUACUAAGGCACUUAACACGUGACAAUUAAGGAGUGGGAUGUGCUAAUGGUUUACCCAGUCUUGAGAGUGGUAUGGCUGUGAGUCAGCAACGGGAAGUCAGGUGCUCUAAAUGCUGGUAAGGAUAGCAUCUCAAUGAGGCAGCAUCUUCCCUGUGCAAAUGUGACCGGGGCAGGCCUGCUGUUGGCUGGCUGUUUCCUUUCAACUGGGAUUACGUCCUCUUCACCACUUUCUGAACUGAGUGUUUUUAGUUACCUUUUUGAAAAGACAUAAUACAAUUAAAGAAUAUUUGGCAUUUUAAGGUUUUAAUGUUGUAGAUUCUAUUUCCUUGCUUCUGUCAGGACCUAUCAUAUUUAUUGUUUUCUGUAAAAGAAAUGAGUGACUUUUUGGCUUUAAAUUCAAUUUCACUGAUUUCCUCUCCAAAUUUCUUUCUGGAAUAUUAUUAGUAUAUUUCUCUGUGAAUAAAAACUUGAAGAAACUAGAUAUGUAUAAUACUUGAGGUUUUGUUCUUGUUUGACUUGCUCAUUGAUGUUAUUCUACUUUCCUACUUAUAUUAAUUAUAAGAGACCUGCAUACUUAUUUUUAAUCUCCUAAAGAUGGAGCCAUAGUUGUUGAGAUUUUAAAGGACUCCUGCUGUCAGUGACUCUUUCACAUCUCAGUAAAUUUUCAGAAGAUAAUACUGCUCUAAUUGGAUGGCUUUCUUGGCUUCUUAAAGCUUCUUAUUUUAACUAUUUAGUUAAAUUGACUUUUCACUUGGUGGGCUGUAGAUGCAGGAGAUAGAAAUGACCAAAAAUAAAAACUAUCCUUGAUUGUAUUUUUAUUCUGUAUAAUACCUCUAGCCCUACCAAUUUAACACCUUGAUGUUACAGACCUGCAGGAAAGUGUUGACAAAGAUGAUAUUGAUCUGUACAUAUUUCUGCCAUCUGUGUCCACAGAAGAGAUGGGGUGGCCCUCAGGAUUGGGCUUCUCAAUGUUUCAGUGGAAACUGCUUGUCUGGUUUCAAAAAAUACAGGUGUACCUUACCAACUCCAGGCCUUUGAAAAGAGAGCAGAGUUGUCUGCUGUUCAUUUCCUCUCUUGCUAAGAUGUUUUAUGCACUGAUUUCCAUUGUUAUAGACACACUCUGUGCAAUAGAACUUUCUGAGAUGAUGUAAAUGCUCUGUUUUUUGUGUGCUGUCCAAUAAAUACGGUAUCCACUAACUACCUGUGACUUUUGAGCACUUGAAAUGUGGCUAGUGUGACUGGGGAACUGAAUUUAAAAUUUUAUUCAACUUGAAUUCAUUUAAAUUUAAGUUAAAUAGCCACAGACGACUAGUGGCUACCAUAUUGAACAGUAAAGUUUAUAGAUCAUUAUUCUGAUAAAAUGUGCUAAGUUUUUGAUUCAAAUAUUUUAUAUUGUCAAUCACUUGAUUUAGUUUGGAAUACAAUAUCCAACUGAGGAAUAGGACUUAGGCCUUUUUGCAAAUGUGUAAUCUGCCUAUCAAAGUAGUUUGUAAGGCAAAUGCAGAAUAUAUGUCUCCAUCUGGUAAAGUACCUUUUAUUCAUGUAGGAAAUCAAGUAGUAUCAGAACUUGGUCCAAUAGUCCAAUUCGUUAAAGCCAAGGGCCAUUCUCUUAGUGAUGGGUUGGAUGAAGUCCAGAAAGCAGAAAUGAAAGCCUACAUGGAAUUAGUCAACAAUAUGCUGUUGACUGCAGAGUUGUAUCUUCAGUGGUGUGAUGAAGCUACAGUAGGGGAGAUCACACUUGCUAGGUAUGGGUCUCCUUACCCUUGGCCCCUGAAUCGUAUUUUGGCCUAUCAGAAACAGUGGGAAGUCAAACGUAAGAUGAAAGCUAUUGGAUGGGGUAACAAGACUCUGGACCAGGCUGCCCCUAGUCCUGGCCAGCCAGCUCACUUCCGCGUGCCGCUGGCCAUGUGUGGGACUGGACUGGGUGGAUGGGCAGGGGUGGAGCAAAUGAAACCCAUCUCCACUAGUGGAAGAACCGCUGAAAUGCUUUGGCUCAUGGUCUUAGAAGAUGUUGACCAGUGCUGUCAAGCUCUUUCUCAAAGGCUGGGAACACAACCAUAUUUCUUCAAUAAGCAGCCUACUGAACUAGAUGCACUGGUAUUUGGCCAUCUGUACACCAUUCUCACCACACAGUUGACCAAUGAUGAACUUUCUGAGAAGGUGAAAAACUAUAGCAACCUUCUUGCUUUUUGUAGAAGAAUUGAACAGCACUAUUUCGAAGAUGGUGGUAAAGGCAGCUCAUCUAUCAGAUUGUCUUAGAGUUAUGUGUUAAUUUAGUUAUUGUUAAAAAAAUUUAACUUUUGAAAUAUGUGUUACUUGAAUGAUAUGAUAAUGGUAUCAGAAUUUUAAAACCAAAACACUGCUUUUUGAAACCUCAAAACAAAUUGUAUAAUUUAUCUUAUACAUGUACUUUAUACUGUUGUUUAUGUACACAUUGAAAUAAUUCUGAAUGACUUCAUUUGAUAUGUUAUACCGUAUAUCUUGAAAUUUUUGUUGUCUUGAAACUUGUAUGCAUAUAAAAAUAAACCUUAAACAACUGGA